AUGCCUCGAUCCCGUCCCAGGCAGAGUGCUGCACGAGCACGGCGAUUUUCAGACUCUCCCUGCCGGCAAAGUCACGGCCCACCUUUAGGCUGCAUGGGCCUCCAUCGCCGUAUCGGGAUCAUACAAAUCCAGAAAGACAAGCUGAAAGACUUGGCAAGCCAGCAGCGCAUGGAAUUGGGACGAUUGGAGCAGGAUUGCAGCAAGCUCAGGGCGAAGAGGAAUAUUGAACAGGCGAGUCUUGACCUUCAGUCCUACUCUAGGAGUUGUAUAGAGGACCUGACGCUUGCAGAGCUGCAGCACUGCCAAGAGCAGCGCGGGCGACUUGAGGGAGAACUCGACUCAUUCCGGGCGGCUCCAGAGCGGCUUCGAAGUAGCCGCCAGGCUGACGCACAGCACGUGGCUGCCCGGGAAGCAUGGUUGGCGGAGCAGCGAAAGCUCAAGCAAGAGCUGACCAAUGCAUCUGCCCAGGUGGCCUCUCUGGAGCAAGAGCUAGAGCAAGGAAGAGAAAGAGACACUUUCGAUCGCUUGGCCAGUGUUGAGCGGAGCCGGCAGCUGCGAGAGCAAGUCGCCGAGCAGCGGCAGCUUUGCAGAGCGGCGCAGCAAGCGCUCAGAGCCGCAGAGAGUGAUCUGGCAACUGCGCAAGCUCAGAGGCGGACCCCGCGUCAGACGGCCAUGCCGGAUGCGGGCCGUGUUGCCGAACUGAAGGCAGACAUGACAGCUCUCGCAGACGAAAGACGCGAAGGCGCAGAGGCGCUGCAUGUUGCUAGUGUCGAGCUGGAGAAGCUGCGGUGCGAGCUUGGUGCCAUCACUGCGGACAAUGCUCAGCUACGAUCAGGCCUCCAGGAGGUGAUGUACAGCUUGGAGCAAAUUCAACGCCCGGCAUGA